CGGGUUUCAGCAGUCUGGUCCAGAUCCUCCGCUCCUCCUCAGCUCAACACACACAUCCAUUGUACACAAACGGGCAGGCGGCUCACGCAUACACACGCAUUCACACACAUACAGACACAUACACACACAUAUAUACGCACACACGCACAGCAUCGAUCGUGGCUCCUUUAAGAAAGCCUAAGCCAGAAUUAUCACCCCACCUCCUCUUGAUCUCCUCUAGACGCUUUUGCAUAAGAAAAUCAAGCCGGGAGCCGAGAGUGAUCAAAGAAAACGAGAGGAGAGCUGCUUCAUUUUUUAACUGUGAUUGUGACCAUUAACAUUUAGGUGGUGCCGAUCCCGUGGAGACGCGCGUCGGACCAUCAUUCAUCCGGUACUUUUGACAAGCCCUCGCGUUUUGACUGACAGGCGGAGUGGCAAAAAGCCAUGAGAGUCGCCAGUUUUGUUUGAGGGGCUAUUUUAUUUUCAUCCUGGUUUUGGAAAAGGAGCCUGGCGCCGCUGCCCCGAGGAUAGCCGAGGACCUAUUCACCGCGCCUGGGCUAAACUUGCGCAGAAAGCGGGGGCUGGCUUCACCGUUCCGUGGAAAAAGAAGCAUACGGGAUUUUGGCUGAAACAUCUUCCCAUUUAUUUGGAUUUUCUUUCUUCAUUUCGUCUCCACCCUGGCCUCAGAGGGGAUUUAUCUAAACUGAAAGGACGACCAGGGAGUCAGGAGGGUUAUGGCGCAACGGUACGAAGACUUGCCCCACUACGGGAUGGACGGGGUGGGCAUCCCGACCACUAUGUACGGAGACCCGCACGGCGCCCGGUCCAUGCAGGCGGUGCACCUCAACCACGGGCCCCAGCUGCACUCUCACCAGUACCCGCACACCGCCCACACCAACACCAUGCCUCCCAGUAUGGGCUCCUCUGUUAACGACGCUCUCAAGAGAGAUAAAGACGCUAUAUACGGGCACCCCCUGUUCCCCUUGCUUGCACUGAUUUUUGAGAAAUGUGAAUUAGCGACUUGCACCCCCAGAGAGCCCGGGGUGGCGGGAGGAGACGUCUGUUCAUCGGAAUCUUUCAAUGAAGACAUAGCAGUGUUUGCAAAACAGAUUCGGGCAGAAAAGCCUUUAUUUUCAUCAAAUCCAGAGUUGGAUAAUCUGAUGAUUCAAGCCAUUCAAGUUUUACGAUUUCAUCUUCUGGAGCUGGAGAAGGUACACGAGCUGUGUGAUAAUUUCUGUCACCGGUACAUCAGCUGCUUGAAAGGCAAGAUGCCCAUCGACUUGGUCAUAGACGACAGAGAGGGCGGGUCCAAAUCAGACAGCGAGGAAAUCACGAGAUCAUCGGUGGCCCUUGAUCAGACGUCCUGGAACAGAGAUCAUGAUGACACGGCGUCCACACGCUCCGGAGGAACGCCGGGGCCAUCCAGCGGCGGGCACACAUCACACAGCGGCGACAACAGCAGUGAACAGGGUGAUGGCCUGGACAACAGCGUGGCUUCACCGAGCACAGGGGAUGAUGAUGACCCGGAUAAAGAGAAGAAACGCAACAAGAAGAGAGGGAUCUUCCCUAAGGUGGCCACCAACAUUAUGAGAGCAUGGCUCUUUCAGCACCUAACACAUCCCUACCCGUCAGAAGAACAGAAGAAACAGCUGGCGCAAGACACAGGCCUCACCAUCCUACAAGUGAACAACUGGUUCAUUAACGCCAGGAGGAGAAUAGUCCAGCCCAUGAUUGACCAGUCAAACCGUGCAGUAAGUCAAGGAGCUCCCUACAAUCCAGAUGGCCAGCCGAUGGGGGGCUUCGUCAUGGACGGCCAGCAGCACAUGGGAAUCAGACCACCUGGACCAAUGGGUGGAAUGGGCAUGAACAUGGGCAUGGAAGGUCAGUGGCACUAUAUGUAGCCCCGCCCCAGUCCGACCAAUCGCAACACAAAGGGGGAUAACUGCAGGGCAAUCCAGGGGAUCACCUGUCUCACAGAAGCCUACAGAGCAUGGGAACGGGACUCCUUGAAUUCCUGACGAAGACAACCAACAGCAACCCCUCUGUCCACCUCCAAGACCCAACGACAUUUUAUUUGGCUGAUAUCUGCAACAUGGAAACCCUCCAUGACUGCCUACAACCCUUAUCUAUGUAUCCAGCGACGGUGAUGCACAGAAGAUCAAACUAUGUCCUACCCAGAUGACCCCUCCCUGUCCCGACAGACCCCUGCUUCCUCUCUGGUGGACACUAGACUUCGCCCCCCUUGCCACUGCCCACUAGGUUCUCAUGGAUUCCUCCAUUACAAGUGAUUGUGAUUGCGAUUGCGAGCAUAGACGACACACGAGAGAGACACACUGUGUCCUUUGCCUGUACCUUCGGUGAAUGCAGCACCUGGUGAUAUAUUCUAGACUCUUUGGCAAACAAGAGACUUCCUGUGAAGAGCACUCCACUCUUUGGGACGAUGGAAUUGGACCAAGGAGAAGCCAAUGUCUGUAUCUGACAGGACACUAACAAAGCAAAAGAGGUGCCCUUUAAAAAAUAUAGUGGAUUGAAACAUGGAAGGAGGGAAAGCAAGAGAAAAGAAAUUAAAAGUAUAACUAUAUCAACCCCUAGCUUGGGAAGCAAGUGGAGAAAGAAAAUAUACUGUAUACUGUUGUAAAAUUACGCUGGACUCUCACAAGAACUGGGAAUUUAAGUAUUGUAAAUGCUAUUGUAUUGUUCUGCAUAUUAUGUUGUUUCUAAUAGAUUUUUUAAAAAAAGGAUGUGAACUUUUUUCUCUUUUUUUCUGAUUUCUUUCCACACUAUGUGUGUGCCGUCUCUCCAUCAAAUUUGACCUCCUGCCCCCUUCCUCCCUCCAUUGAAUCACAAUGCAUUUUUAAAAGAAAAAAAAAGUGAAUAAAUGGACAAUUCGAUCAGUUUGUCAUUUCUCUAAGGCCUUUCUUUUUUUAAACAUACAGUGCACACAGCCCAUCCACGUACAUGGAGGGAGCAACUAACUUGUGUUACUGUUGCUGUAUCUACACCCUGUACACUCUAAUUUGGAUGAUUUUUAGAAAACAUUUUCAUAACAGCUGACUAUAUGCUCCUCUACAUGAAAAGCUCUUAUUGGUAUAAAGAAUUCUCUGCACAUUUGGGGGUCGUGAAACUCUUAUAACUCAUUGGAUCUACUCCAAACACAACGACACAGAGCUAAACACAGUUUCUGAGAAGCUAACAGUUUUGGACAUACAAAUGCCAUUGUCCAUUUCAUCAUUUUAUCCAUUUUACACUCUGUUCACAUGAGGACAGAUACAUUAUGUUGGGGCUAACAUCAUGACAAGCUAACAAACAUGCGACAGAACCUCUGCUAAUUCUCACAAACAAUCUAAAAAAGUCACGGCGGGUGGGAAACUACAAGUGUGUGUCCCGCAAACAUGCUGUUUCCUGUUUUGCUCCAUGUGUGUCUGUGAUUGAGGGCCUCUGAACGUCUAUUCCAGUGUCCUAUUGAUGUGUUUUAUGUCACAAGGCCGUGCACUUGCCUAGCCAAUGGAUUCUCCCCCCCCCCUCAAUGUUUGAUGCAGCCUGAUAACAGGGAGAGGCAGAAGCUAUGGGAAAACACCAUUUAUACCACAGUCAAUUCAUUUUGAUUUAACCCAAUGAUGUAAUGCUGAUCAACAGACAGGAGAGAAUGUAAAAGUCACUGUGUGUUUGUGUUUGUGUGUGUGUGGCAGUACAUAUGUGAGGACGAACAUGUGUGUGUGUGCGCAUAAGUGCUUGUGUGGGUUAUCAAUGCAUCCAUUAUCCAUUGCUUCAAACAUGUAUUACGCACAUCUUUAAGAUUCCUUUGAAGACAAGUCAUGUUUCUUAUGCUUUUACUUUGAAGGGUAUAUAUGUACAUCUGUGUUGUAAAUAAAUUCUUUUUGUUCAAAUAACA